UAAGACAGUGAAACGAGAAAAGAAUGAAGUGAAAACCCUCGGGAGCGACGCUUGCAGGGACGAUUACCGCAAAAGUGGAAGAAGCUUUACUUUCUCUCUCUAAUCCUCUCUGCUCUCUCUCUAGAAGUGGAGUACGCUUUUUCUUCUCCCCAAUCUCUCUCUAGGAGUUGAAGCUUUUUCAAGCUCUCUCUCUUUCAGAAGAAAUGGGAGAAGUUUCUUGAAGCACACUCUCUCUAAGCUUCUCUCUCCCCUGAAAAUUGACGAGGAUUUGAGGUUUCGGAAUGCUUGGGCGCUUUGGUAUUCUGCUUUAGGCCAAACUGAAGUUUUUGGGGCUGAAAUCCGGCGUUCUCAUUGAAAUUAAGGUCAGUUUCAGGCCAUUUCCUUGGAUUUGGCGAUGGAUAGGGCCAUCCCGUGCUAUCUCCUACAAUUCCCGUCUGUAAUUUUGCCCACAUUUCUGAAUUCUCAGUAAGCUUUUUUUAAUCCCCAAUAAUGACUAAAAGAAUACCCUCAUUAACUCUCUGCAACACAUGAAAACUCCUACCAAGAGAAUUCCUAUACUGUCUACUCUUUUAUAGAAGCAGGUUUCAUGAGGCAUUCCUGCUCUUUGUAGUUGUACACCUUUUUAUCUCAGUUCAUGGAAGAGAAAAGCUAAGGCAGAGAGAGGAAACUGGUGGAUAGUAACUGUAGUAAGAGAAAACCCAUGCAUCAAGUUUGCAGAGAAAGAGAACCCAUGUAUAGAAUUUGCAGAGAGUUGAAACCCAUGUCCAUGAAUCCAAUUUCAUUAGUUUUGCUACUGUGUUUGGUUCUGAGUUCUUCUGCCACUGAAAUGGGGAACAGCACCAUGAUCCAUGUCGGAGACAAGGAAGCUCUUCUAAGAUUCAAGUCAUGGUUGAAGGACCCAAAAGGGAGUUUGACAAGUUGGGUUGGCUCUGAAUGUGGCCAUUGGAAUGGCAUUACUUGUGACCAUGAGACUGGAAGAGUCCUCCAUAUCGAUCUGAACUCGAUGGGUCUCGCGGGCCCGAUUAAUCCUCAGCUCUGUGAGCUCACCAUGCUCAAGACCUUGGUCCUUUCCUCUAAUAAUAUCGGUGGUUCAAUCCCUUCUUGCUUAGGUUCUCUCUCAUGGCUGCAAAGGCUAGACAUUCAAAGGAACCAGCUUCAGGGCAGCAUUCCAUCAGAGCUAUCGGGCCUUCUCAAUCUCGAGAGUCUCAUACUUGCUGAUAACCCAAGUCUCUUGGAUGGUGGGAAUUUGGAAUGGGUUGGGAUUUUGACAAGCCUCACUAUGCUAUCUAUCUCUAAUUGUAAUUUGUCCAUAACAAAGAUCCCUGAUUCAUUCUCUUCUCUCUCGAAACUAUCAGUUCUUAUGAUGGCAAAUCUCAGCUUGAAGGGGGAUGUUUCAGAGGGUAUUGGCAAGCUCCCCAGUCUGAAGCAUGUUGACCUCUCUUACAACCAAUUACAAGGAACCAUACCGGAGUUGAACCAGUCUCUUGUUACAGUAUCCGUGGCUUUUAACAAUAUCUCUGGUACAUUGCCCUGUUUCUCCAAAUCCAUCAACUCUCUCUCUCUACUGAACCUCUCUCACAAUUUGCUUGUGGGUAGUGUUCCAACAUGCAUAACCUCUCUACGGGAGCUCACUGUGCUCAAUCUUUCCUGCAAUUCCCUGACAAAUCAGCUUCCGCCCAUUCUCUCUUUCUCAGACAAGCUCCUGGUUCUUGACGUUCACUCAAAUUCCCUCUCUGGUCACCUCCCUCCAAGAAUCGCUGAGACCUCUGAAAAUUCAGGGAUAAUUCUCUUGAACUUGGCCUCAAACCAAUUCUCUGGUGAGAUACCCACCGGAAUUUCUGACCUGAAAAUGCUUCAAGGCCUCUUUCUCUCUCAUAACCAAUUCACUGGAAAAAUCCCUCCAGCCAUUGGAAAUUUGACAUUCUUGCAAGUUCUCGAUGUAUCUCACAAUAGGUUAAUUGGCUCUUUGCCCCUCGAAUUGGUUGGGUGUUAUCAACUGGUUGUUUUGAAGCUCAAUAACAACAAUCUCUCUGGUAUUCUGCACCCUGAAUUGGAUGCAUUAGCUGGAUUGAAAAUCCUUGAUUUAAGUAGUAACCAAUUUUCUGGCGAGAUCCCAUUGCCUUUAGCUGGAUGCAAGUCAUUAGAGAUUGUCGAUCUUAGCUGGAAUAAUCUUUCCGGCCAAAUUUCCGAUGCAUUUACAAGGUGGGUGGCCCUCAAAAGCCUCUCUCUUGCUGGAAACUGCUUUUCCGGUGAGCUCCCGAGUUGGGUUCUCUCCUUUCCAUCCCUACAAACCUUAGACCUCUCAGGAAACAACUUCUCUGGCUCAAUACCAGAUUUCGAACCGAACCACAAUUCUGGAUGGUUCUCUGGCGAUGAUUCCUGGUUUUCUGGUGGGUGUAGAGCCAAAGCUGUGGUUUCAGCCACUCUAACUGGAUCCCAUGAAUUGAGGGUUGUUUAUAGUUCACAAAUUGGGUUGUGUGUUGAUUUAUCGGAGAAUUCUUUUCGUGGUGGUAUUCCUUCUGGUCUGUUAAGCUUGAAGGGGCUCAAGUAUCUGAACUUCUCAUAUAACUACUUCUUUGGCCAAAUUCCAGCAAAAUUAACAGAAUUAAAGGGCUUGAAGAGCUUGGAUUUGUCUCAUAAUUUGUUUUCCGGUGAGAUUCCAGCUGGUUUAUCCGGCAUGGAGAGCCUGGUUUUCUUGAAUCUUUCUUAUAAUUGCCUGUCUGGUUUUGUGCCAAAAAGGCAGAGGUUUUGGCGAUUUCCAGGCGCAUUGGUAGGAAAUCCUGGUCUUUGUGGGGAAUUUUAUAGAGAGGGUUGCCCUGACAGUGGUUUCUCUGUGAAUUCUGGGGUGGUUUUGGUGGGUGAAGAUGAUGGUUUUAUGUCACUCUCGGCUUUUGGAAUCAGUGUUUUAGUGAGUUUCUAUGCUUCUUUUGUGGCAAUCUUUUGCUCUGCUAAAGCAAGGAAUUAUAUUGUAAGACCAUGGAAACCAGCUUCCUAAGGUAUUUCUUGGGCAACUAAACAAAAGAAAGGUGGUUUUGAGGUACAUGAUCAAGUAUCAAAGACAAAAGAGGGGUUUUCAGGUCCCACCACAAAAAUGAAGAUGGUUCUCAGGUACCAAAAAAAAAAAAAA